CGAUUAAUGUGUGGAUAGACUUAAAAUGGAUAUUGCGAAGCUAUAGUUGUGGGACAUACAUGGACUCCCCCUUUGAGGUGCAAGACAUGAUUUCUCUGCUCUUUUGUGACAGCGUAACCUGUAGCUGAUAGAACUAUGAAAUGUGCGUAAUUUGGAUAAAAGAAAACGUGCUGGAUGAAAAGAGUCCAGACUGCGUACCUGAGACUCUUUGCGUUGGAGAGAGACGUUUUGCACCUGUCAAGUCGGUUAACUAAUCUCUCAGAGCUCAGUUGGAGAUGUUUGAAUGCGCGCUGCUGAGUGUAAAGUCAGCCUUGAUCUAGCAUCUUCCAAAAUGAGCCCACCGGACAUAUCCAACAGCACGGGAGAAGACGAGGCUAGAGAAACCGAUCCCUUGUUUCUGCUUAACGACAGCAUGGGCUUGCACCAGCCCGGAUACCACACUGACAUCAUCAAGCACCUUGGAGUCCAGAUCAGCCUGAUCACAGCUUACUCGCUUAUCAUCCUGCUGGGGCUGCUGGGCAAUGCUCUCGUCAUCUACAUGAUAGUUCGCUACAGAAACAUGCGAACAGUCACCAACUUCUUCAUAGCUAACCUGGCCCUGGCAGACCUUCUCGUGAACACCUUCUGUUUGCCCUUCACGCUGGUUUACACUCUUCUAGAAGAGUGGACAUUUGGGGCUGUGUUGUGCCACAUGGUGCCCUUUGCCCAGGCUCUGAGUGUGCACGUAUCCAUCCUCACCAUGACUGUCAUAGCUCUGGAGCGCUAUCGCUGCAUCGUGUUCCACCUCGGAAUGCGGCUCACGUGGCACUCGAGCUUCCUCAUCAUGGCAUUCACCUGGACUGUGUCUGCUGUCCUGGCAGCACCCCUCGCCAUCUUCAGAGAGUUCCGCUACGAAGAGAUCCCGUCGAUCAACCAGCGCUUUCCCGUCUGCACUGAAAAGUGGCCCCAAGUGACCAGCAGGGAUGGGCUCAUCUUCAGCCUCUCAAUGCUCCUCCUGCAGUAUAUCAUUCCUCUAGCCAUCAUCAGUUACGCCUACAUCUGCAUCUGGGUCAAACUGAGAAAUCACAUCAGCCCAUCAAGCCGCAAUGACAGCAUCAACCGCCGCAAAAAGACCACAAAGAUGCUGGCGCUUGUGGUGGUGGUGUUUGCCAUCUGCUGGCUGCCCUUCCAUGCCUUUCAGCUGGCCAUCGACCUGGACCUGGUGCUCAGGCUCGAGGAGUAUAAACUAAUAUACACCGUGUUCCACAUUGUGGCUAUGUGUUCAACUUUUACCAACCCUCUCCUGUACGGAUGGAUGAAUAAAAACUACAGGAAUGGCUUCCUCAUGGUGUUCCGGUGCGAAGACAAGCCGGAUACUUUCCACCUGGAAGGCUCAUUCAGGACUCGCUCCUUGAGGAGGAUGACUCUGAACGGCCGUAAUGGCGGACACCCUCCCACUGCUGUGUGACUUGAUUUGCACGUUUCAAGGCAUCUGUAGUAUAUGAACGUUUGCGCGCCCCUCUGCUCCGUUGGCGUUUGUCUUUCAAAAAGUAGCCUCUUUUUUUUUUACUUUAAUGGUUUGAUCUUGAGUAUCUGUGUCACUGGAGAAGACCCAAAGCUUUGCAUGCAAAUUGCUUCAUGUGAAGUUCUUUUUCCUUUGCUAACAGCACUAGUAAAAACAACUAUUAAGAAAUGUGUUUAAGGUGUUUACUUAGGUGUUAUUUAACUAGGUACAGUGUAUAAUGUGUUCUCGUGUAAAAUGAGGAGCUCUCUUUCAUUUGUCAUGUCCAAAUUUAUGACACAGUCUUAAGGGAAGACUGUUAUUACUGUGACAGUGAGAGUUUCAUUUUUCACACCUGUUUUGUUUUUUCUACUUGAUGUCUGCUCAAAAAAUAUCUGGAUGGUUUUCAGCUAAUUAAUCCAACUGCUACAUUCUGGAUUAAUUAUAAGUGUUCUGGCAGCGUAACAUUCAACCCUAGUUCAAGGAAUCCAGAGGAGGCGAUCGAUAUAUUACUGUCCAAACAGGAAGUUAAUUGUCCUCACCUGGCAACCAGCUGUU